AUGACCAAGUACGUGCGGGUCAAAGAGACCUACUUCGGAUGCAUUAGUGUUCAAGUUUGUUGAUUUCCAUUGGACAUGUUCAAAAACAGAUUUUCAGUAUUUCGCAAUAUUAUCAAGUUGCAUAACACUCGGAACACAGCUAGCAUUCUCCAUAUUCUUCCUAAUCUAUGGACAGCUUUGGGGUCUCAUUCCUUUGGUGCUCACUAUUGCAAGUCAUUUGUUUUUCAUGAUAACCAUAUCUCAAUUUCAAUCGACAAUUUCCAUGUCAAUUUACAGUGGAAUUGAGGUUUGGCCAUCUCUGUUGAAUUUUUUUACAGCGUUUGUUUUCAGAUUACAUUUGCAUUCACAAUACUGGGUUUUGCUGUUUGGAUUUUAUCCUGGAUUCUGGAUCCAACGCAAGCUUUCAUCUACUCUUUUUGUGUAAAUAAGUUGAAAUAUACCAAUUGUUAUGGAAGUAAGUUUAUCAAAUUUGAAAAAAACAACCAUGACCACUGAAACUUCAGGAACUCAAUUAGACUCCUUCAUUUGGGGAGUCCUUUUCAUCAUAUUUUUCUUCGUGAGUGUAAUUCUGUUGCCCGUCUACAAAAAUACUUGGAGAAACAUCAAAGCAACCCGAAAGUCAUCAUCUGUGUACAUAGAUGGGUGAGACCGAGAAGCCAAACAUCUCGUGGCAUUUAUAUUGUUAAAUGUCUUUUUCUUCUUAUUUGCAGUGAUAAGAACCAAGGCGCCCCGGUGCAACCGAUCUUCAACAUCAACUCAGCACCCCCGCAGCCCCCCGCACCUCCACCUGUUCCUCCACAGAUUCUUCUUCCCCAGCAGUUCCUAAGCCAGCCAGGAUUUCCACAGCUACAGACACAGCAACCAGUUUAUCCCGGACAAGCUUCGAGCAUAAUGACUUCAAUGGGUACCAUACAUCUGAAUCUCUACAGCAUCCAACUGCCGAAUGGCACUAGCACCUUCCUCUCGCCGUCACCUGUCAUUGAACAACUCGGCUCUAACUUUUCUGAUAGUGCCUCUCAAUGUCAGGCGGAGCAAAUGAUGGAGAGGUUAUAG